ACAAUCAAUUAUUAAUGAAAAGGCAUGUCCAAAUUCCAGCGGCGCAAAACGGACUCGCUCGCCUGCCUGCCUUCGUUAGGGUUUGGUUCUUCCCCUUCUCUCCCGAAACCCUCUAGAAGAGAUCGUUAUCGCAGUUCCCCCUCCCUUUCUUCAUCCGCCAGGCCAGGAAUCGUUGCCUUGCUCGGAGCGGUCUGCUGCUCGUUUAACUUCUUCAUCGGGUCGUGUUGCAUGGCUGGAUUGAAGCAGUUGAAGAGGGUUUCCUGGGCCAGAGAGUUGAAUCAGGUAAGAUUAUUUUUAGCAGAGGAUGCCCCUGCUCUCUCUGGAUUGGGGGCCCAAGAUAAUCUCCAAGCAAAGGGCUCAUGGCUAUUGCAUUCUUCCAGCAUCAGCAAUGAUGAUUCUUCUCUUCCUCCAGGCUUUGAAUCACCUCAUCCUGCAUAUCAAUUAAGAUCUCAAGUCACACAAAUCCCUUUGGCCGAGUGGAAAUGUCCUCUCAGAAUACUUCUGAGUCCAAAAUGGUUAGUAGCUGCUGGAGCAGAAAGUGAGGAAAUUGCUAUACAGAAUCAAAGACAAAUGAGAGUGCUUGAAGCAAUCUAUCCGCGUUCAACUUCUGUACCGCCAAAUCCUUCAGUUUCAUCCGAGGUGCAAGAUUCAUUUUGCGAUGACUCCCAAACACUAACCAUCCCUAUAACUGCUGUUGAAGAUGAAGAUCCAUCAGAACAAUUAGAAACUGGAUCCUCACUGGGCCAAUUCCAACGAACAAGUGCUCAGAACAUACAACAAUAUGAUAUUCCAGCUCAUACCUCAGCUACAGAACACUCCCAUGGCGAUGCUUUGCAGUCUGCCCUAGCCAUGGCUCAGGGCGAUACAGCUGCUGCUAGGAUUUUAGGCAGCACAGAACCUGAUGUUGUCGCAGCUGCUUCUGCUGCAUUCACAGCAAUAAUGAAAAGCAAUGAGCAAGGAAACAUGAUCGACCGUGACCUUCUGAUUACUAUCCUCACCAAUCCUAGCUUAGUGGGGAAGUUGGUUUCGGAGUAUGGAACUGCUAAAGAAUCUCAGCCAGCUUUGGCUUCUUCAUCCAUCUCAUUCUCACAUCCAUCUCACUUAGUCCAACCCCCAGCUCACCCUCCUUCAGUUCCACCUUCAGGAAUUCCUUCAAUAAGUAACCGUGCACCUCCCCUGCCAGGUUAUCGAACUCCACAAAUGUAUCCUUUGCCAAGUUCAUUGCCGCCCCCAGUUAUGCAUGCUCAUACUGUGCCAUCCCUUCCUGUCCCUUCAAUCCCUCUGAAACCUAUGCAGAGUGCUCAAGCGGUCAUUAGAGAUGCAAAUUAUUUGAAGAGCUUAGUCCAGCAACAUGGCGGCGAGAAGCCAGAUGCUGUUAUGGUGGCUGGGAAUGUUGUUGAUUUAGUAAACUAUGGCCCCAGCCAUGUAAGAGAAGUAAGACCUAAGAUCCCUAGGCCUUGCGCCUUCUUCAACACGCCUAAAGGGUGCUGGCAUGGGGCGAACUGUUCAUAUCAGCACGAUGGUUCUCUACCGCCAAGAACUGAACAGCCGAGAGGACCAAAGAGAAUUAAGUUAGAUGGAGGGAUUGUUAACAGGAACUAAAGUGCUCACUUUCUGUUCGACUUUGUGGUUCGUUCUUUUUUUCUUCUUUACAUCAUUGUUAUCAUUCGUCUGCUCGGAAAAAUACCUGUGCGAGUGCUGUUCACUGCCUUACGAUCCAAAAUAUUGUCGAACCGACAAGAAUUGUGAAUUUGUUAAACCUCAUCAUAUGCAUAUGCAUAUGCAGGUGAACUCCAUAGUUAAAAAGGGUUGAUUAAGUAAUAUCAAUAUUCAAGAACGUAA